UUCGUGAUAACCGCCACAAUGAAGUUAGUCUCAAAUUAAUUCCGACUUGGAACGGAUGCGUGUGCGCGGCACUCGAGCUACACCGGCGAUGAUCAAUAUAUUCGCAUAGACAAAAGACAGUGAUGGCAGUGAUAGUGUUGAGUUAUAGUAUGUACAAACAGGUGGCAAGAAUGUCAACAAAUAGCUCGCAGAACUAGCGAAGCGUUAAAUAAAAAGGCGGCGACUAUUUGCUAUUAUUAACAUUAUUACAUACAUAUGUACAUAGUUACAGUUAGUUGUGCGUUUGUAGUCUGCUGUGACACUUCAUCUCGAUUAAAUCGUUAAAAAAGCAAAUAAUUUCUCCCAACGUGCGGCAUAUUGGAGCUUUAUUAUAUAUUACACCGAAGUGUUUGUAUGUGUUAAAUUAGAGUUUUUUUUCAAUUAGAUUCUAAACUUAUUCAUAACAUUUGCGGUGUUUUGCGAAGUUAUUAACACAUUAGCCAAUUACUACUCUACUGGCUGCCGUUCGCAUACCGCCUGAUUCGUUCAGUAUUUGAUGUGCCGUCACACGAAACAGUUACAAGUGCGCGAAUUCGAAUGUUUUACCAUAAAAUAUUUUAAAAUGUUUUAAGUGUGUGAAAAUAGUAAAAAAAAAAACAAAAAAAGAAAUAAUUUAUUAACGCAGUAGCGCAGUGUUUAAUUUUACGAUACAUAAAAAUACAAAUUUGCAUAUUAAACGUUACAAAAAAAAAAAAUCGUCAUAAAAAAUGGUGGAAAAAAUCACUACAACAAUGUUGACGCGCGUCAAGCAGCUGCAGUGGGGCAAGAUAUUUCAUAUGUACUACAUAGAACCGAUCGUUUUUAUGCUGGUGUUUGCCCAUAGUCUAUCCGGCACCAUACUGAGAAAUCAAAUCAUAUAUCAGGCCUGUACAACAGUAUUCAAUUACAAUGAAAGUAUUUGCGAAGAAUUAGGCACGAAAAAUAUCAGCGCUGAGGCAACGAAAAUUGAAACCGAAGUGCAGCCAUACGUAGCAAAUCUGUUUAUGAUUCGCACAUUGCUGGAGAGUAUUGUGCCGGCAUUGUGUGGCGUUUUUAUUGGCUCUUGGUCGGAUCACUAUGGUCGCAAGCCGCUCUUGGUCAUCUCGAUGAUAGGUUUCUCCUUCACCUACAUCAUUGCGGCGGUGAUUUGUCAAAUUGCCGUCUAUCAACCGGUGAACCCUUGGUACUAUGUGCUGGCUGUGGUGCCGCAUUCUGUUUUGGGUGGAAAUUGUGUGUUUUCCGUGGCGGCUUUCUGCUUUAUAUCCGAUGUUACAGAUACGAAGACGAGACCCUAUAGAAUGAUUUUCAUGGAAGCUUUCUUCUUUAUCGGCUUAAUGGGCGGCUCUUUGCUCUCGAGUUUCGUCUACGCUGCCACCGGCGCCACCACCACCUUCAUCAUAUCCGGUUUGAUCAUGUGCGCCGCAACUGUUUUCAUCGUCGUCUGCGUGCCAGAGAGUCUACAUUAUGCUGCGAACCAAGCAAUUAGUGAAACAAACAAAUGUACAACAACUACCACAUUAAAUGGUUGUUGUGACAAAGUGAUUGGACAGAAAAAUAUUAAAGAAAAACAAAUAGAAACUACAAAAAUAGAUAGUUUGGACAUGACGAAAAUGAUGAAAGGAAAGCGUAUAAGUGAGCUCACAAUAAAUGCGCAGGGCAAAGUUGUUGAGGUUACAGCGGAGGAGAAGCACAAUGGAAAGGAAACCAAAAAGGAUCUGAGCGCAUGCGAAAAGGCUAGUAAGGGAACAGAUACGAAGAAUUUGGCGCUGAAGAAUCAAAGUGCUGACGAGAAAUCCACAGAGGAGAAGCCUAAAAAAGCGGGACUCUUCAGCUACGUGCACAUCAAGGACAUGUUGGUGACGUGCUUCAAGAAGCGCCCAUACUACGAUCGCAGCAUUAUUUGGCUUGUAACUGGCACAAUGUUCCUCUCGAUAUUCGUAAUUGAUGGCGCAAUGACGGUCUUCUACUUGUUUGUGCGUGAGAAAUUCCAUUGGACCGUGCGUGAUUUCACAUUCUACGAGACGGUUAGUCAUAUGGUGCCCAUGUUUGGCGCCCUAGUUGGUUUCUUGAUAUUGCGAAAGGUCUUCAGCAUGUCCGUGGUUUCGUUGGCUCUACUUGCUUUCUUUAGCGAUAUCGUCAGCAGUAUUGUAAGAGGUGUGGCUUCAGAAGCUUGGCAUUUGUACUUGGCUGUCGCUUUGGGCGCCUUCAAGUCGGUUGGUGGGCCAAUGUGUCGUACUAUUGUAUCCAAUAUAGUGCCACCCACAGAUUUGGGAAAAAUAUUUUCCAUAAAAAAUGUUUUGCAAUCGAUUGCUCCAUUUUUGGCCGCACCGCUCUACACAGUAAUCUACAAAGAGUCUUUAAAAACUUUCCCGGGGCUAUUUAAUAUCGUCAGCGCUGCUUUAUAUACAAUCGCUUUCGUAUUUUUGAUCAUUGUCUUGCGAUUCAAGUACUCGCACAAAGAGCAUUAUGCGUUAAUAUUGAAAUAAUAUAACCACCAUAUGCUAGCUACCUCUAUGAAUUGUUAUGUAUGUAAACUUAUGUGAUAUUUGUUAAAAUUAAGUAAACUGAUUUGCUCGAAUAUAAAUAAAUAUUUUUUUAAAUUAUUAUCGAUAUGUA